CGACAUUUCGCGUCGAAACCCUGAAUCAGGACAGUCCGAAACGCGAACAAUUCUGUCCCACCGCCUUUACAAACGUUGCUCGUCCCGCCGAGUUCCUCCAGCAGGCUGCUCGCUGCGUCCAGGUUUUUUGAGCUUUGAUGGGGAUCUUUAAGUAUAUAAACCAAGCCGAGAAGAAUUGUGAUGAACACGGGGAGGAAGAGAACGCCAGCUUUAAUCGGCGUGUAAUUCGAUCGGUCUUUCUGAUACAAAACAGCCUUGAAAAUUUCCGAAUUAGGUUUUGCACACCGUCUUGCAAGAACUUCGUGUUUUUUCCCCUCCCGCUUGGCGCUGCCCUCAGCACCAUUCGGGAUCCUCACACCUAUGCACACAGACACACACAACUAGGUCACGAACGAGCCCCGGAGGGUCGAGAAAAAACACCUGAAAAUAGCCUGUAAGAAAGCCGAACAGCCCCCACCCCACCCUCUCCCCCCGGCAGAUUCGAAGUAAAGUUAGCAGGGAAAGGUCGGGGAGAAGACACUUUAGUGGCGAUGGAUCGAUUCGCUGCGAUGACCCCUAGCAGUUUAAAACUGAUGUUCACGAAAAAGAACGGGGAGAAAACUCAGCUGGUGACGGACGCGCCGAGCGAUACCUACACCUUAACGCAAGGAAGCUGGCCGCCUCAACCGCUCAGUACUGUCGUCAGUUCCCCUGCCAUCUCUCAUUGCCACCAGAAGAGCAAAGCUCAUGAGCAGAGACAGAUUGAGCAGAAGCAAGCUAAAAGGAGGCUGAUUAUUGCCCUGGUCAUCUGUACCCUCUUCAUGCUUGGAGAGGUGGUUGGUGGAUAUCUGGCAGGGAGCUUGGCUGUCAUGAGUGAUGCGGCACAUCUUCUAGCGGACAUCACGAGUUUUCUGAUUAACCUGUGCUCAUUAUGGUUAUCCUCAAGACCGGCCACCAAGAGAUUAAAUUUUGGAUGGUACAGAGCAGAAAUAAUUGGAGCAUUAUUUUCGGUGAUCGUAAUUUGGAUUGUAACUGGUAUCCUGGUCUACCUUGCCACUCAACGAUUGAUCCAUUCUGAUUUUGAAAUUGAAGGAUUGGUUAUGGUUAUAACAUCUUCCAUUGCCGUGGUAGUAAACAUAAUAAUGGGUUUGACACUGUAUCAGAGUGGCCAUGGUCACAGCCAUGGUGCGGUGGCCUACCUUCAACACUCAAAUGAAGUUCACCACAGCCAUCAGCCAAAUGCCAGCAUACGCACUGCCUUCAUCCAUGUUGUGGGAGACUUCUUGCAAAGUGUUAGCGUGCUAAUCAGUGCUCUUGUAAUUUUCUUCAAGCCGGAAUACAAAAUAAUGGACCCUAUAUGUACCUUUAUUUUCUCAGUGUUAGUGCUAGGAACAACUAUCAAUGUCCUGCGGGAUAUCUUGUUGGUGCUGAUGGAAGGUGCACCAAUUGGAUUAAAUUAUAAUGCGGUGAAAGAAGAAAUCCUGGCGGUAAAUGGAGUGAGAACGUUACACAGUCUUCACCUCUGGGCUCUGAGCAUGAACCAGAUUGUUCUUUCAGUUCACGUUGCUACAGUAGAUACAGUGGAUCCUCAACAAGUUCUCAAGGAAAUUACCCGGAUGGUACACGACACUUUUAAUGUGCAUGCUGCCACAAUUCAACUGGAGCAGUAUUUGGAUCAAGAACCAGACUGUGCUUUCUGCCAGGAACCCAAAGAUUAAAAUUAUAUUAAGCACCUGUGUCUUUUUCCAUAAGCUUAUCCUAUGAUUAGUAAAGGUAGUUAAAUUGGCCUUCAGGGCAUCCACUGUCAGUUAACAAAUUCAAGAAACUCUAUGUGAUGGUUAUCUAGGAUCUAGCAAACAAUAGUAAAUCUAUUUGCAGAAAAAUUGCUUGUAUUAUUUUACCUUAACAAUAUUGGUUAUUUUAUUAGGUACACCUGUACACCUGCUUGUUAAUGCAAUCACCUAAUCAACCAAUCACGUGUCAGCAAGUCAAUGCAUAAAAGCAUGCCAACAUGGUCAAGAGGUUCAGUUGUAAUUCAUACAUCAGAAUGGGGAAGCAAUGUAGAAUGCUGCAAGUCUGGUUCACUGUUUCAGUGGUGAAACUGACGGCAGGGAAGCUGCAUUUAUUUAUUUACAUAGCGCAGAACAAACCCUUCUGACCCUUUGAGCCACGCUGCCCAGCAACCCCCGAUUUAAUCCCCGCCUAAUCGUGGAGCAACUUUACAAUGGCCGAUUACCCUAUCUACCAGGACAUCUUUGAGGUUAGUAUAUGCUAACCAUGCUGCUCCAGGAGCCAGGUGGUGUAGGGUAAUAACUGUUCCUGGACCUGGUGGUGUGGGACCUCAGGCAUUUUGUCAGCUAACAUGCUCUGUGUUUAAUAAGGCUGCAUUUAACACGAAAGUUGCUGGUGCGCAGAGAAUGAGGAUUAUAGACUGAAGUUACAGGAAAAAAUGAUCAGCUGGUAACAGGUAGAGUAAUGGCAGAUGGAAUUUAAUGCUGAUUCAAGCUGACAUGAGAAAACUUAAUAAAAGGUGGUCACUGAGUGUAUGCGUUUUACAUUGGCUGAAAUUUGUGUCAGUAACUAUGUCACACAAGUGAACUCUGAGACUGCUACAUCAAUGGCUGUUGUUUCAACCAAUCACACUGUACUUAUUUAAAAAGUGCACUCCAUUGCGAUUAAACAUUGGACCAU